UCAGAAAUAAAUGAGCAGUGUACAGUGAGUGAGUGAGCUCCGCAUAAAAACAGAAACAGAAGCGGAUAGAGAAGCGGACGUAACACAACCGAUUAAAAACGUAACGGCAGCAGCAAAGCAGAGUGUUUCAAGUAGCAAAGAUUAGUGCAGAAGAAAAGUGCAGAUUUUUCCCAAAGUUAAAUUAAAAAGUGAUAAGUUUAUGAAAAUUUAAAAAAUCAGUGCGAUACAUAACCACAAAAUAUGCAAAAUAUAGCCUAGCAAGGCAGUGUGCAAAGGGGAAGAAGUUAAAUCAGUGCUUGUCAAAGUGAAAGAUACCUAUUGUGAAAAGUAAAAAGGUCAAAGGAAUCAGCAGAGUAAAAGUAUAAUACAAAAGUGCAAAAAUGGGAUUGAACGGCUGUUGUUCGUGUGUAAAAUACUUGAUGGUGCUGAUAAACAUCUUAUUUUGGAUUAUUGGCCUAAUCAUUGUGAUCAUCUCGGUGUGGAUGCUUACCGAUCCCUCGUUCGUGCUCUCGAUGACCCAAUCCUAUAAUCACUACUAUAUCGCAUUGUAUGUCUUCCUUGGCAUCGGUGUGCUCAUCACGCUGGGCGGCUUCUUCGGCUGUUGUGGCGUCGUAAAGGAAUCGCAAUGUCUGCUUAUAUCGUUCUUCUGCGUAAUUCUGGUGGUGAUGGUGGCACAGAUUGCCGCCGGCGCAUGGGCAUUCCACAACAAAGACAAACUCGAUGACAUUGUACGCGCGUCAGUGAAGUAUUCGGUGCAGGAGGAAUAUGGCCAAUCAAGCAUGAGUUCGCGUACGGUCACUUUUGACAACAUACAAAAGAAUUUGAAAUGUUGCGGUGCUGAUGGACCGGCCGAUUGGGCAACGAGCCGUUUCAACAAUGUCGAUCGCACAAAUAUCGUCGAUAUUGCUAUAUCAUCGAUGAAUGUGUUCUACAAUAUACCCGAAUCGUGUUGCAAAGACGAAUUGAAGGAGAAUGUAUGUGAGAUGUCGAGAAAAUUGAAAUUCGGUGGUUCUCUAAAUACAGCAAUAUAUCAACAGGGUUGCGUUGAUAAACUAAUUGAACUCAUUUACGAGAAUUGGGUACUAAUCUUCGGCAUCUCAGCGGGUGUGAUUCUAUUGGAAUUGUUGGCGUUGACAUUCUCAUUGAGCCUUUGCUGUGCGGUGCGCAAUCAACACUACAAAGCCUGAGAAUUACUGAAUUCCCAGCGGGAAAUAAAUGACGACGAAAAAUAUUAACAAACCAAACCGAAAAGGAGGAGGACAAAGGCGUUCUAAUUCGUAACAAAAGAGAAUAACAAAUAAAAUGAUGAAAUCAACACAUGCGAAAACAUGAGCGAGGCAAAAGGAGAUAGAAUGUAGUGGAAGAAAAUGCGGAAAUAAAAAAUAUAGACAUAAAACACUUGAUAUACGAGUUGCCAUGUGUAAGGCAAGAAAUUUGCUGAGAACGGAAGUUUGUGCAUUCAUAAAUACACAAACGAGUGUAAGCUUGCAAUAUAGUGCAAAGGGAUGAGAAUUAGCAAAAACACAUACAUAAUUCACGCAUUAAAAACAAACAUUGAUGUAUGUAUGGGCAAUUGCCUGCAGUGAAUCUCUGGCAAAUAGAAUUUACUACAGAAUAUGCUGGUAAAUUAUAUCUAAGGAAAAAAGGAAUUUGCAUUUGUAUUUUCCAAACUUUUGUAAAACAUAGAAAAGUUUUAAGCAAAACUUUUUAGAAAAAUGUGAAAAUCUUCAUCUUCAUAAAACAAUAAUCAAAAUGCAUAUGCCACACAGAAACGAAAAUAAACAAAACUAGUUAGUUAUAAUGGAAUGUUGCAAAGAAAAAGAGGAACAAUUUAAAUGCAAAAUGCUCAUCACACCAUUUUUUCUUUUGUAUAAUUUGUGGUAUGCCCAUUUUUUGAACGAAGAGAAUUUACAGCUAUGUAAUACACUAUGAUGCCAAAUUUACGUUUUUGCAAGUACUAUUUCUAUCGUAAUUAAACAAAUAUGUUAGUGCACAAAUGAUUAACGCCAAUUGCACGAAAUCUACCAAGUUCAAGGUCUUCCGCUAUACAAAAUAUAUAUUUAUAUUUAAGUUUUUUUUGCCAAAUGCCAAAUGUAAAACACUUAUUAUUUAUUUAACAUUAAAUAAAAAUGUUUUGAGAAACGCUGAUUAAGACGCUUUGGACAUUGCGAAAUGAAAAUGUGGGGCGUUGAAUCAGUAAUUUUUUCCGUUAAACAAAACUUAAAAAUAUAUUUUUCGCAAUCUCAACCGCAUAUGUGGUUUUCUCAAAAACAUACCGCUAGUUUAUCGCGCGAUUUAAUUUGCAUUAAAUUGAUAAAAAAAAUGCAUGGAGUAAUAUUUAAGACAAAAAUAAAAAUUACACAUUAAAUUCAAGUAAUGCUACAAUGUAGAACAAUAAAACCCUCAGUCUUAGCCGAAUUAUAAUAAAAUAUACAAGAAAUGUUGCAAAAUUUUUGUUACAGCUAAACAUAAAAAUUUAGGUCAAAUAACUGUUAACAAUUUUAAGGAAGAAAAAAUUUUACACAAAAUAGUGUAUUUUCAGUUGUGGUAAAACAACAAAAAAAUAGCAAUUUUUUAGCGCUAAAAUCAACAAUAUUUUUUUAUUUGAAAACAAAAUUAAAAUUUAGAAGCUAAAUAUUGUGCCAUUGAAAUUAUUUAUAAAAAAUAAUUGUACGUUUAAAUAACAGUUAAAUUAGCUUUGAUUGUAUUUGAAAUAUUUUAAGUAGUUUUAAUAUGUUUUUAUUUUUAUUUUUUUUUUUCAUUUCAAUUUAUUUUUAUUGUUUACACUGCACAUUAUAAUCUGUCUGUAAUCUGUAAUUUUACAUAAUUUUUAUAUAGCUCAGUUCAAUGUUUUGCGGUAUUGACAUUCCAUAAACGAAAGCAAUUAGAGAUGGGUUGUGAAAGCUAAGAAUAGAAAUUGGAAGCAAUUUGUGCAACUGUAAGAGAGUCACGUUUCCAAUCGCAUGUCAAACAGAGCAAAGCAGGUAGAGCGUUAAAAAAAUUUAAAAAUCAUAUGUUUGAAACUAAAAUCGUGGAUCGCUAUAUUAAUAACCUCAAACUGUUUAAGAUAACGGACUGCCGUUAACUAGAAUGUCGAAAAUUUUGCAAAAUUUAUUAUCCCAAUUUUUUUUUAAUAUAUUUUAAGCAUGUCAUUUGUUUUUAAAACUGGAACUGGAAAAUCUCGUCAUAUUUGCAAACUCAAACUUGUGUAAAUAUACAACAUUUUUUUGAUAUGCUUGUCGUUAAUAUGUAAACAUGGUGCUCAUACUUGUAAGACAAUCUAAACAUCACAAAAAUAUCAGUUUUUUUUUGUGAAAAAAACGACUUUCAAAUAUUUCUUUUAACAAUAUGUUAUUUUAAAUAUUGGAAAAUUUACUAUGACAUUAAUAAAGUUCAUGUCUAAUAAGAAAUAGUUUUGAGAUAAUAUAAUUUUGUACUAAAAAGUGAUAUUCAAAUUAUUUAACUGAAAUGUCAAGUUUUAUUAGAUAAAAAUUAAAUUAAAAUUUAUGUAACGUUGACGAAAAUGUUAUUUACGAAUUUCAUAUGAAGGAACCCAUCUCUAUUGCCUGAAAGUUAAACACUGGUGAUGUAGUUGAGUAUUUAAAUCUUUGUCAAACUAUUUAUGAUUGCUAUUGUACAUAAGUGCAUACCUACAUAUUUACAUAUGUGUAAAUUAAUGUUCCGAACAAUACAGUAGCCCAACAUUUUACAAAAUCUUGUCACAAACCUGAAGAGAAUGUCAAAAACUCACAAUUUUAUAUUUCUAUACUUUUAUUUCGUACAACUUAAGUUUACUAUUACAAUUUUAUAUUUUUUUAUAAAGGAAUUUUUAAAAUACAUAAAAAAAGUUGUUUUUUUUUAACUUAAAAUGCUUACUUAAUUUUAUUACACAUAAUUUUAUACGUAUUUUUAAAUUAAUUAAUUUACUUAAUCGCCUGAGCCAACGUAGUCCAAAAGCAACAAGAAUUUAGGUACCUAACGCACAUGACAUAAACGAACAAAUUUAUUUUAUAAAUAUGUAUUUUAAGUUUUAGUUUUAUUAUGCCUAAUUGUGGAAAAAGGCCAAUCAAACGCAUUCGAAAUAAAUUUGAAAAUAUUUUGAACCAUUUUCAAGUAAACGCCCACAUAAACGAACGAGCAUUCAGGCACAAACAUUCGUACAAACAUGCGCACAUAUUAACUGUUAUAGUAUAUGUAAAAAGGCAUAAAUAUUAUAUAUGUAUAUACUAUGCAUUUUUAAUUUAGUUUAUUAUAUUUUUAAAAUAAACGUUUUUUAUUAGUAUUGUAACUAAAUUAAAUUUAAACAAAAAGAAAUUGUAGUUCAAGAAGUCCCAAAACACACACACACACAACGUAAUUAUUUAAAUAAAAUGACAGAAAAUGUUUGUUGUUAUUAUUAAUUAAAAUAAAUAAAUGUAUUUUAAUAGAAACUAUUACUUAUCACUGUAUAUUCAUAUGUAGCGACCCACUAGAUACUUAAUUUGUUUGUUAAAAAUGUAUGACUUUUAAAUGAAAUAUACAACAACAACUUAACAAAUGGUAAGGUGUUCAGAAUCGAUAGCGAAAUUUUCAACAGGAAGUUAAGGAGCCGAAUAUAAUAUUAUAUAUAAAUAUUGAUUAGUAUAUACAAACCUGUAUACUAUAUAUACUACAUAGUGAAUGAUGCACUCGUUUUGAAUGCCCCAAAAAACCGAAAUGAAAGGUGAUUCGCAAUAAAAAAUAAAAUAAAAUAAAGUGAAAACUGAUAAACAUUUAAAUAUAAAGGAAAAUGUGUCUAGCUAUAUUUAAUUAUAGGAAAAUUGUUAGAAAAAAUUUUGAGAAACACUUUGCCGGAAAUAACUGCAAAAUGCCAAUUGUGCAUGCAUGCAUAUGUACAAAUGUGCAUAAGGCACAUGAACGGUAUAUAUAAAGGUAUUUAAUGCGGAAAAUAAGUGGUUACUUAAUGAAAUGCAAUAUUUACAGCGGUGGCGAAAAUUUAAGACCCUUUUUUGCCAGCAUAUGUAUAAUAAUACAUACAGAUGUUUAUAUAGGAACAUAUGGAUGACCCAAAAAUGUGCAGGUUGGCACAAAAUAAUAAAAAAAAAAAAAUAAAAAUAGAAAAAACGUGAGACAAAGUGUGCAAUGGUGCUUAGGAAACCGCGCCAACCAUGGAAUUGCUUAAAAUAUUAAGCAAUAUUGCGCCAGAAGCACUGAUAUUUGUUAUUAUAAUUUUUUUUUUUUUGUUCUUAAUAUUAUUUUAAAGGUGUAUAAAAGCACAAAACAUUUUCAGCUCGUUAACUAAAGCGAUAAUUUUUAAAUACUUCUGUCGGUUAGAGAAUUUUUCAAAAAAUCCCCAAAAUAAUUUCUUUCCAAUAUACCACAUUUUUAUAAAAAUAUUUCUUAUAAUAUGAUGAACUAUGUAAGUGCAUUAAUAAAACUCGAUUUUCCCGUCCAGACUUAAUGCUUUUCUUGCCUUACAAUUUAAUUCUUAAGCUGUAAAUCAAUACCAGGCUUUUAGGCGAUUUGUCUUUCAGCCUUUUAUUCAGCUAACAUUCUUUGCAGCUGAAUACGUGCUGUCAGACAAAAAGACUGAAAAUUAUUUCAUGCGUUUUGAGCUUUGCUAAGAUCAAGUUUGAAAAAGCGAGCUAUUUGGAAACACUAAAAGUUUAAUAAGCUGCGACCGGAGUUGCUUUUAAAGGGAAACUAAAACAAAAUUUGCUUAGUUUCUGAAAUUUAUCUAGUUUCUGGUAUUAAAAGAUGUAUUUUUGGAAAAAAAAUUGUGGGAAACAGUUAUAUCUCUCUUAUUUUGGUGUCAUUCCGAAUUACUUUUGAGCAAGUCACUUUUUAUAUGAAUAAAGGAAAACACUUUUGAGGCCUUUUUAAGUAUAUAAGUAAAUUUUAGGUGUAUUAGUUUUUAAUUAACAUAGAUUAAACUUAAAUUUGGAGUUAGAAAUCAAUUAAUUCACAUUAUUUUUACGAUUUUGGUUCAUUUAUAACGGUUAAUAUAUAUUACAUAAUCCGACUAGUUCUAUAAACCGAAAGGAUAUGCUUGAACCUGGAUUUUUCAAAUUUUGAAGCUGACGUUAUCAGCUGCGAAGGUGUUUCUGAAAUUUUCUACGGAUUUCACAAAGAGAAAACAAUAUUAAUAAUUAAUUUUGGCAUUUAAAUACUAAUAAUAAUACAAUUUUUGUCAGAAAAAAACCAAAACAAAGCAUAAAACAGUCACUUUUUGCAAGCAGUGUUUUGAAAAGUAGAUGUAUAGGUAAUUAUAUGAUAAACGCAAUAAAUGUCAUCUUGAAAGUAUGCUCAACUUUGAAGUAGUAACAGAAUAAAAAUAGAAGUAUAAAAAAAUAAAAAAUGAAGCAAAUUUUCUUGAGGGCGAAUAUAAAAAACUACAAUAAAAAAAGUUUAUGGAAGAGUAAAACAAACUCUUUUGAAAAAAAGCAUAAAAAUAGUUAAUAUUAAUAGAAAAACUCGAACUUUACAACACAAGCAUUUACAACAAUAAAAGAUUAAAGUAAAAGCAUAUUGAGGAAAAAACCACUUGGAAACUUUAUUAAUGGAAAAAUUGGCUGCCGCAAUUAUACAAAUUUAUUAAACACAAAAAUACACCAAAAACAUAAUUUUUAUUGUAAGUGUGUUACAGCACAAAAAUUGUGCAAAAUUUGUAGUCAGUGUGAUCUUAAUUAAAAGUGUAUCCAAUUUGCAACAGCCGAAAAUAAAGAUAAAAUGAAAGUUUAUAAAACUUAAACUUAGUUUGAGUUUUAUAAAAUGAAAUAAAUUUGGAGUCUCAAAAAUAGUAAAUGAUGUACACAAAUUGUCUUUGAUUAAUGAAGAAACAUAAGAAAAAUCGAUUACUUUAUACAAAAAAAACAUGUCAAUAAAUAAAAUACACUUCGAUACUUUAACACUUUUUUACCACCUACGUAAAUAAAAAAAAGCCUUUAAAAUAUACUUCAUUAAACAUAAUAUCAAAGAGAUUCUAAUAAGAAAUUCUCAGCACCAACUUUAAUAAAAUUAUGCUAGGAAACUGAGUUAUAUGAUUUAUUAACAAAAAAUGUGGAAGAAGUAAAAUAAAUUUUCAGAAAAAUACAGGAUGCUUGAGUUAAGAACUUUAUGUAGUUUAGUUAUACAGAUGUUUGAGCGAGUUUUAGACUUACAAGCAAAUAAAAUAUUUCUAUUUUCUAAGUAGAAUUUACAUAUAUUCUGCUUCAACCUCUGCAUAGACUCAUGCUUGUUUUCAGUAACAUAUGUAGUAAGAUACCUGGUUUCAUCACCAGUAACAAUGAGAUCGAAAAUAAUCUUCACGCAGCCGCUCUAUUUCACUACAAAUACAAUUCUUUUUUACCUGCUAAGUUCGCUUAGUUUUGAAAGAUUGGAUUGCUCAUCCAGAAUAACCGUAUGGUAUCAAUGAAUAAUUUAAUCAGCUCUGUAAAGAUUUUCUCGUACAUACAUAUGUAUGUACCACACAUACAAAAAUUCGUUAUCUUUCAGUCUCGGUUUUCUUUUCAAAAUAAAAAAAUCAGAUUUCCAGAGCUGAUUGGUCCAUUUUUGGACAAUGUCAACAAAUUAACUGAUAACAUACAUAUGUAUGUAUUUAAUUUGAUGGUUUUGUUUGCUUGACCUUUACUUUAAACUCGUGUUAAUACUGAAUUAGAAUUUCACAACUCUUUGCUUACAUCGUAUAAUAUGCUUUGACGUCAACGUGAUGAAAUUUCUAUUAGUCAAAUGCAAUUAAUAAAUCUGUGCGGAAUAAACAGUCUCAUUUUUAAGGGCGUGACUUUCAGAAUUCGUCUCAGAACUUUCAAUUUGAAAUAUGUUGUAAAGUAUAGUUUUCUAUAAAAUGCAGUUACAUAAAAAGCUUUAAAUUGGAGUAAUUAAUUCUUUAAUACCUGCUGAUAUAAUCGAAACUUUAAUAACAUAAGAAGAAGGCCACGAUCUUACAUGUCCAGGGCAGUGAUAAUGUCGCUGAGUAAUGUAGCUUUUUCACGUCAUCACGGAAAACAUUGGCAUAAAGGGAACCGAAAAUAGUAUUUAUAUUUAAAUCUCGCAGAUCAUGAAUACCAUCAAGUCGGACCCAUGAUUGGAUUCCUUAAAACUUUGAAAGUAUAGAUCAGUAUUUGUUAUGCUUGCUGUAAGCCCAUUUUCAUUUCUAAUGAUUUACAGAGAGUGUAAGUAACAUUAACCAGCAUUAAAUCGUGGAUAAUUGUGAAGACUACAAACAUUUAAUUAGUAUUUCAAAACAUUUUGAUUUUGUACUCCGUACGAUAAAUAGUUCUGAACUAUUAUUUCAUAAUUUAUUUUAUAAUUAAAUAAUAUCGCAUGUUGGUGGAGAAUGUACUUUAUCCACAGCAUUAAAUGUAAAAUGAAGCAAUAAAAAAAAUUUAUUAGAAAUAAAAAAAAGAAAAAUAAUAGAAAAUAAAAAUGAUUAAAAAAAAAAUGUUAAAUAUUAUACUCAAAACUCAAUUCUUUCAAUUACAAUAUUUAAUAAAUGAUUUCAUAUAAAUUUUAUUUUCUUUUCAAGAAAAAACUGCGAAAACUUUUUCUAACAUAUAUUACAACUAAAUGACAUUAUAUUUAAAAACCACAACUAAAUAAAUCCAUAAAUCAGAAAAUUAAAAAAA